AUGAUGUGCACUGCCAAAAAAUGUGGAAUUAGGUUCCAGCCUCCGGCUAUUAUCUUAAUCUACGAGAAUGAAAUGAAGGGGAAGAAUCGCCAGCGCAUCAUGCCAGUCCGAAACUUUUCCAAGUAUUCAGAUUGCAGCAGAGCUGCUGAACAAUUAAAGAAUAAUCCACGACACAAGGGUUACCUGGAACAGGUAUCCCUGAAGCAGCUGGAGAAGUUAUUCAGCUUUUUACGAGGUAACUUGUGGGGGCAGAGUCUGGCAGAAACAAUGGAACAGAUUCAACGGGAAACAGCCAUUGAUCCUGAGGAAGACCUGAACAAACUAGAUGACAAGGAACUUGCCAAAAGGAAGAGCAUCAUGGAUGAACUUUUUGAGAAAAAUCAGAAGAAGAAGGAUGAUCCAGAUUUUGUCUAUGAUAUUGAAGUGGAGUUCCCACAGGAUGAACAGCUACAGUCCUGUGGCUGGGACACAGAGUCAGCUGAAGAUUUCUGAUAACCAAAAACUGGAAAAAAAAUUAUUGAGUAGUAGAAAAUGCAUAUUUAUACAAGACCAUAGAUUGAUUGUAGAAAAAUCUGUAAAGAACACUGUACGGAUUAGGUCACAUUUGGAUUGACAGUGUUACUUUUCCAAACCUGGAUAUAUAUAGCAUCUACUAUGUAGGUGCCUGUGGAAUAUAGGAAAACAAAAUAUAGGGAUCUGCCUUUAAGGAGCUUACAGUCUAAUUGGAAGAUAAGUCAAAAGCUUGUGAAA